CAGUAUUCUGACGAGUCCAAAUCUCUACUGUAGACCAGAUUUAACCCUUGUAACAGUUGUUGGCCAGGUCUCUGUCCCCGUGUUCUGCGGUCUUCUGGCGUGUGUGUCUUGUCCACAGCGUUGUCCCACGAAAGGUUUUAUUUUUAGGGGGACUCCGGACUGCUCGGCCAAACUUAAUAUGGGAAUGGCACGUCGGGGGUCAGGGUCUUCUUUCCUCGGCCGAGACGGUGCGCUUCUCCCGCCGAGGGUCCCAACAGGUGCCCAUGCGGCCAAACUACACCCACCCAACCACCCACACACGUAAUUGUGACAUAUUUGGCAGCCCCCCCACCCCAAACCCGGCGGUGCCCUCCAACCGGUGUCGUCAGCAAAAGCCACGUGGAAGCGGGUCUUAAAGGAAGCCGCUUGCUGCCAGUCCUGCUCUUCUCUCGCCAGCAGGGACAGGAAGCAGACUUGGUUUUCGGGGAGCAAGAAGACAAGGUUCAGAGCGGAGGAGAGGACGAUAGUCAUGAAGUGGGCCUGCAGGAUAUUGGGUGUCCUCCUCUCUUUGGGGGCCCUGGCGUCCUGCGAGAAGGGCCUGCAAAUCCCAGAGUACGACGGCAGGGACCGCGUUCACCCCCUCAGCGCUAAGGACUACAAGUCGGUCAUGAAGAAGUACGACGUGAUGGUCAUCUACUACCACAAAAACGUGCACGGGGACCGCAACGCUAUCAAGCAGUUCCAGAUGGAAGAGCUGGCUCUUGAGCUCGCGGCCCAGGUCCUGGACGAGCUCGACGAUGAAGACAUCGGAUUUGGCCUUGUGGAUGAAAAGGAGGACAGCGCGGUGGCCCAAAAGCUCGGCCUGGAUGAGGUGGAGAGCGUCUACAUCUUCGCAAACAACGAGAUCAUCGAGUACGACGGCGAACUGGCCGCCGACACCCUGGUGGAGUUCAUCUACGACGUGAUGGAAGAGCCCGUGGAGAUCAUCGACAACGAUCGCGAGUUGAAGGGCUUCCACAACAUGGACGAGGUCAUCAAGCUGGUGGGCUACUUCAAGAGCGGGAAAUCUGCCCGUAGGUUGACGCGCGAAAGGACCGCUCGAGCCGCCCGGAACGUUCCUUUCAGCCCUGACGUCUUUUGCAGAUUUCAUCGAGUUCGACAACGCCGCCAAGGAGUUUCAUCCCUUCAUCAAAUUCUUUGCCACCUUCGACCCCAAGAUCGCCAAGAAAUUAAAACUGAAGAUGAACGAGGCGGACUUCUACGAGCCCUUCAUGGAGGAAUCCGUCACUAUUCCCGGGAAGCCCUACACCGAGGCCGAGCUGGUGGAGUACGUCGAGCGGCACGACAGACCCACUCUGAGGAAGCUGGAACCUCACAGCAUGAGGACGACAUCGACGGCGAGCACAUCGUGGCCUUCGCCGAGGAAGAUGACCCAGAUGGUUUUGAGUUCCUGGAGAUCCUGAAGGAGGUGGCACGCGAAAACACAGACAACCCCAACCUGAGCAUCAUCUGGAUCGACCCUGACUGCUUUCCCCUGCUGGUUCCGUACUGGGAGAAGACCUUCCGCAUAGACCUCUCAUCCCCCCAGAUCGGCGUGGUGGAUGUGGAGGACGCCGACAGCGUGUGGAUGGAAAUGGACGACCACGACGGCAUGCCCUCGGCGGACGAGCUGGAGCGCUGGAUCGAGGACGUACUCUCAGGAAAGAUCGACCCGGACGACGACGACGACGACGAAUAGAAAUACGCCAACCAUCCAUCAUUUUGUACUCUGUCA